AUGACGACCGCAUCCCCCUCGCAGGUGCGCCAGAACUACCACCAGGACUCGGAGGCUGCCAUCAACCGCCAGAUCAACCUGGAGCUCUACGCCUCCUAUGUGUACCUGUCCAUGUCCUACUAUUUUGACCGCGAUGAUGUGGCUUUGAAGAACUUUGCCAAGUACUUUCUUCACCAAUCUCAUGAGGAGAGGGAACAUGCUGAGAGACUAAUGAAGCUGCAGAACCAGCGAGGCGGCCGAAUCUUCCUUCAGGAUAUCAAGAAACCAGACCGUGAUGACUGGGAGAAUGAGCUGAAUGCAAUGGAAUGUGCGCUGUGCUUGGAAAGAAGUGUGAAUCAAUCACUACUGGAACUGCACAAACUGGCCACUGAAAAAAACGAUCCCCAUCUGUGUGAUUUCAUUGAGACUCAUUACCUGAAUGAGCAGGUGGAAGCCAUCAAAGAAUUGGGUGACCACGUAACCAACCUGCGCAAGAUGGGGGCCCCUGGAUCUGGCAUGGCAGAGUACCUCUUUGACAAGCACACCCUGGGACACAGUGAGAGCUAA